UCAGCGACCGUAUGUAAAUGAGGCUGGAGCGAGUACUCUACUGUGUCCCCUGACACUAGCGUUAUUUUAUCCCUCCACUCAGCGCGAGCGGCAUAUCCGUGCUCCUGGACCGCACAGGAUUACAUGCUAACGGAGAACAGUGCGCGACACAUACUAAGGCUAUCCGUUUCUAAUGUGCAAUAUGACUUUUGAAGAACCGUGUGGAGACAACGCAACGGAAAGAAUGGACUCGGUUGAAAAGGCACUGGAGGAGGUCCUGACUGCUGCGUUACCUCAGGGUUGUAUCACUGUGGGAGUUUAUGAGGCAGCGAAGUCACUUAACGUGGACCCAGACAACGUGGUUUUAUGUCUGCUGGCCACAGACGAGGAGGAUGUGAAAGACGUCGCGCUCCAGAUUCAUUUUACCUUGAUUCAAGCAUUCUGCUGCGAGAAUGACAUCAAUAUCUUCCGAGUGAACAACAUGAGACGUCUGGCAGAGAUCCUGGAAGGCGUGAAACCGGGAGGAGAGUCGAUGGACCUCCACUGCGUAUUAGUCACCAAUCCACAGUCAUCCACGUGGAAGGAUCCAGCCCUUGGCAAACUGAAUCGAUUCUGCAGAGACAGUCGGGGAUUGGACCAGUGGGUGCCGGUUAUCAAUUUGCCCGAACGAUGAACAGAAGCGGACAAACAAUGUCAGAGCUUUUACGGGCUCCUGCACUAGAUUUGUGUUCUGCUUUGGAUGAAGCCUAAUGCCACUGAGAAUGAGACAUGAGGGGGAUUAACAAAAUGCAAUGGAUGAUAUGUUUUCCAGCAAACCCAAUGAUCAGAAGUGUGGGUUUUGUUUGUCCGGUUGGACGGGCGAUUCAUGGUUUCACCUCAGAGCAGGAAGAAUGACUCUGCACUGUGUUCGCAGUGCUGCCAGGGAGCGACACAGGAAACUGAAUCACACAUGCUGGAUUAGAGUACUAGGAGUGAGCUGAGAGACUGGAGUGUGUUCAACUGGAAUCUACUCAAUGAAAUGUGAUCAGACUGUCGGCGGUCAGAUGGACUGUUAAAUGAUGGGCAUGACCCUUUUGCAGACGUACUGCAAUUUAAAGACCGUAACUUAUGAUGUUAAUGCUGUCCUGUAUUAUAAUUUAAAAGGGAAUUUACUACAGUCUUUACUGAUUUAGAUAGAAAUUAGUUACUUGUUUUAAUUCAAGCAUUCUGGAAUAUGUUCCGUAUUUUAAACUGUUCAUUUGAAACUUUUUAAUUUAUUAAUUGUAUUUAUAUUGCUGUGUUCAUUGUCAGAAAUGUAAAAAUAAAAUGUUU